UUAGGUUAUACAAAACAAAAACAUACAGUUUGCACAUUAUAGGCUGCAACGCUGUAGCUAUCUAGCCAACGUGGUAUGUUAUCAGUUUCUCAUAUUGUUUUAUCACUGUUCAGUUCAGAUACAAGCCUAUACUUGCCAAAUUGCCUAUCAAUAAUUAUCCGUGUAGCCUAAAUUCUCUAUUUCAGUCCAAAUUUCAAAGACCCAUUUUAAUUUUAUAGAUAUAAUUACGCAGCUCUGCAUGUCGUUGUAACAGUCACUAUACAUUGAAUUAUUAAGCCAUCAUCUGCUGCAGCAUUGCAGUGAUUCGUUCCCACAUUUGGGGAAGGUCACGUUAUAGCGAACCGGGAGCUGCCUGCCUGCUGAAUUGUACUGCGCAAAACCCAUAGUCCGGAUUUGUGCCUGACGUCAUGGGUAGCCACCAUUAGAUUCGUUCUUUGACAGUUGGAGCACCGAGAGUCCAAGCACAGAUAGCCAUCAGCAUCCCCGCACGGCCUUGCAAACGGGAGAGAACAAACAGAAAAGAUGUCGAGUGGACCGUUAUACGGCGCUACAUAGGGAGAGACCUCGUUUUCCUCCUCAAAGCGGCCCCGAAAAGCGCUGCAGUGGAGAGGAGAAUGCGUCGCUAAGUGAAUGGAUACAUAGCUUUGCUGUUAAAGGGACGCAGUUGUUGCUUUUCUGCCUCUACACAAACAGUGACAGUCCCACGGGGCUUUGGAUAAAGCAGCAAUAACAACAACUAAUCCCCAGAACGAGCACAACAACUAGGCUACGUCUGAUACCGGCAGGGAACCAAGGACAUAAACCAAGAAUAACAAUGGAAACGGCAGACAAUAGAGAUUUUUGAGAAUAGCGAAUGUUUUCUUGGUAUGUACGUUAAUUUCAGCUUUAAUUUUCUGUGGAAAUGGGAGCUUUGACCAGCAGACAAAAUGCAGGAGUGGAAGAGGUCGAUAUACCGUCCAACUCGGUGUACCGCUAUCCACCGAAAUCUGGAAGCUACUUUGCCAACCACUUCAUCAUGGGCGGGGAGAAGUUUGACUCCACCCACCCCGAGGGAUACCUAUUCGGAGAGAACACCGACCUCAACUUCCUGGGAAUCAGACCAGUGGCGUUUCCCUAUGCGGCACCGCCUCCUCAGGAGCCAGUAAAGACGCUACGAAGCCUUAUAAACAUCCGUAAAGAUACGCUGAGGCUCGUACGGUGUAGUGAGGACCUGAAACUGCCAGGGGAGGACGUGGCAGGGAAAAGCAAAGCCUGUUACAACAUAGAGUUCACCUUCGACGCUGACACACAGGUGGCCAUCACAAUCUACUAUCAAGCUAUAGAGGAGUUCCACAAUGGAGUGCCUAUCUACAUUCCCCAGGACAGCUCUCUCCAGUCAGAGACGGUGCACUUUAAGAGAGGAGUCUGUCAGCAGUUCUGUCUGCCCUCCCACUCCAUCAAUUUGUCAGAGUGGGCCGAUGAGGAGUUGCUGUUUGACAUGGAUAAGGAUGUGUUUCCCAUGGUCGUUCAAGCAACAGUAGACGAGGGGGAAGAUCACAUGGGUCACUCCCAUGUCCUCCUGGCCACCUUUGAGAAGCACAUGGAUGGGAGCUACUGUGUCAAACCUCUGAAACAGAAACAAGUGGUGGAUGGGGUGAGUUACCUUCUUCAGGAGAUCUACGGCAUCGAGAACAAGUACAACAGCCAAGAAUCAAAGGUUGCGGAUGAUGAGAUCAGUGAUAACAGUGCGGAGUGUGUGGUGUGUCUAUCGGACGUCCGCGACACACUCAUCCUGCCCUGCAGACACCUGUGUCUCUGUAAUGCCUGCGCCGACACUCUCCGCUACCAGGCCAACUGCUGCCCCAUAUGCAGACUGCCGUUCCGGGCCCUGCUGCAGAUCCGAGCCAUGAGGAAGAAGCUGAGUCCUCUCUCUCCUGCCGGGUUUAACCCCGUUAUCACCUCCCAGACCUCCGACUCAGAGGAACACUCGGCGUCGGACCACAUCCCCCCAGGUUAUGAGGCCGUGUCUCUCCUGGAGGCUCUGAACGGGCCCCUGAGUGUGUCUCCCUCGGCCCCCCCUCUGCAGGACCUCUCUGGGGGCCACGUCUCAGGGACCCUGCCCCACUAUAGCAGUGAGACCCACCCCGCCCCGGCACGCUCCAUGUCCCCCCUGGACCACUCCAACUCCAGCCAGGGACUCAAACUGAAGAAGAGCGGCUCCAAGUCUCUCUCCCAGAAUUCUUCGGUGCUGCCCGAGGAGGAGGACGAGAAGUCAGAACGCAGCGAAUCAGAAGUUCAGGCCUGCCGCCGGAAACAACAACCAGAGAGUGGUGUAACUCCAGAGAGUGAGAACCUGACUCUAUCCUCGUCUGGAGCCAUCGACCAGUCCUCCUGUACUGGAACACCUUUCUCCUCCACCAUCACCUCCCCUGAAGACCAAGUGAGCAGUAGCCUUGCCCAGUCAGUCAUGUCCAUGGCUUCGUCCCACAGCCAUCACUCUCAGAUCAGCACUGACACCCUGUCUUCCAUGUCCGGUUCCUACCUGGCUGGGCCGGAGGGGGAGGUAGAGGGGGAGGAGGGAGGAGAAGCAGAGGGGGAGGAGAACCAGGACGCACCCAUGGAGAGCCGGGGACCCUCACAGCAGGAUGGGGAAGAGCUACCCAUGGAACCAAAAGAACAGAACUUCUCAGUUGCUGUGUCAGACGAGCAGGAUUCAGAGGGAAAUGAUGUCACAGAAGAAGACUGCCCCUCCCCUUCCCACGAGCAGGGUGGGCGGAGCAGGUGUCCAGAGUUGGCCAAUAACAAUCAGGGCGUCGCCCUCUGCGACACGCACUGUUUGGGGGGGCUGGACAAUGAGCAGGUUCCCGACUGCCGAUUCGCCGAUGCGGAUUCGUGCCCUGUGCACAUUGAGGAAUAGGUAUGGCUAUAGCUGUGGCUAGCUGGUCUGAUGUAUCUGGGAGGCUAUAGGCCAGUGUUAGAGCCUCUCCCCCACCACGCCUCAACCAGUAAUAUCAACCUGGAGGAGCAGGGGGCGGAGACUAGGGAUGGCCAGAGUCCCAAACAAACACCUCACACACCACGCCGCGGACCACUCAUAGUGUAACACGCACACACCCGUCCAAUUCCGACUUCAGCGUCAUAACAGCACAGACUGAUAUUUUAGCCAUUUUACGCAACCUCAUGAUUACGCAGUAGACCUCGGCCUUCCUUCCUGCAUCACCUCACCUGAUCAACCAACGCCCAUGUCCUGAGGCAGUCCUAACCCAACCGUCCUGCACCUCCCCUCACUGAACCGUCCUGCAACUCUCCUCACUGAACCGUCCUGCACCUCUCCUCCCUGAACCGUCCUGCACCUCUCCUCACUGAACCGUCCUGCACCUCUCCUCCCUGAACCGUCCUGCACCUCUCCUCCCUGAACCGUCCUGCACCUCUCCUCACUGAACCGUCCUGCACCUCUCCUCCCUGAACCGUCCUGCACCUCUCCUCACUGAACCGUCCUGCACCUCUCCUCCCUGAACCGUCCUGCACCUCUCCUCCCUGAACCGUCCUGCACCUCUCCUCCCUGAGCCGUCCUGCACCUCUCCUCACUGAGCCGUCCUGCACCUCUCCUCACUGAGCCGUCCUGCACCUCUCCUCACUGAACCGUCCUGCACCUCUCCUCACUGAACCGUCCUGCACCUCUCCUCACUGAACCGUCCUGCACCUCUCCUCCCUGAACCGUUCUGCACCUCUCCUCACUGAACUGUCCUGCACCUCUCCUCCCUGAACCGUCCUGCACCUCUCCUCACUGAACCGUUCUGCACCUCUCCUCCCUGAACCGUCCUGCACCUCUCCUCACUGAGCCGUCCUUCACCUCUCCUCACUCAACCGUCCUGCACCUCUCCUUGCUCUGGACAAUAGAUGAGAAGCAUCCAUCUCAGUUGCUAAAUCUAAAUCUAACAGGGAAAUCUUGAAGAGGAUUUAACCUAUCCACAGUCCAAAAAGGAGGCUGCUAGAGUUAGACCAUUCUCCCCCUCAAUGUGUCAUAAUGGCUUUCUUGUGUUUCGUGUCAUUGGUAGACCUUUGGGACUCCUCCCCUUGCCUCUACCAACCAACCAAUCAGGGGUUAGUGUGAUCUGCAAUCUAAUUAAUAUUCAUGUAUUUCUGUUUGACCUUCUAAUGAGUGAUCUAACACUAUAAAAACAACAGUUAGCUUCACUAGACUACCAAACUGGAUUGUACUGGACUGGACUUGCCAGCUCCGGUCCAUGAACCAGUAGACUCUGGCCCUGGUUUUGCAUGCAGCUCUUUUAUGUCUCCAAUCAGCCCUACUGUACUCAACUGUGAUCUAUCCUGAAUGGGACUUGCCUCAUUAGCUAAGAAACUGGACUUGCUAUACAUGGUGGUGAAUGGAGGAUUUGAUCCAAAAUGGCGGUGGUAGAUAGAUACUGAACUGUAAAGAAGACAGAGUGGAGUCCCUGAGAAUGUACGAUGCCCAUGGAGGAUGUGUAACACUCAGAGGAGAAUGUAACGUAAUGAUUUGUUUUGGGGUUAUUAACUGUAGAAGAAUGACCUCUGAACUUUGAACUACCACCUGUGUCCCUUGCACACCUUUCCUAACACACACACAGUCAUACACACCAGUAUUAUCUCAGUCUGACUCACUGGUGUAAAGAGCUUUACCACAAAGACACUAAAGCAAUACAGAACCUGUACCUGUAAACAAGUAACACACAUCACCCUCCAAAAACACCUGUGCUGUUCGAUAGACAAACCUGAACCUUCUCAUUUUGUGAAAACCUUUAGUUUGUUUAAUUUUCUAUUAUAUUGUUUUUAGUGUAUGCUCUACUGUUAAUGUCGUCACAUGUUCUGUGUUUUAUUUGUUUAAACAAAAAUGUGUUGUUCAUUACGUGGAUAUGUGAAAUGAAUAAUGGUAUUUGAGAAGAAAAAAAACACUACGUAAAAAAAAGGGAUGAUGACACCAACAUGGAAUGCACUUCUUGCUGUUACCUAGGCAACACACUUUGCGGUGCAUGAGGCGAUUGUAGAGUAAAGCAUGGUAGUCUAGGUCAGUCUCCACCUCUGUAGAGUACCCACAGUGGUAUGCUCCACAGAUCCACACAUCCCUAAAGAGUACCCAUAGUGGUACACCCCUCUGACCUUUCUGUAUUGUCAUAUUGUCUCCAAAUGACACCCUAUUCCCUAUAUAGUGCACUACUUUGACCAGAACCCAAUUCCCUGUAUUGUGCACUACAUUUGACCAGAGCCUUAUUCCCUUUUCAGUGAAGGUAGCGAGCCAUAUGGGGGAAUAGGGUGCCAUUUGAGAUGCAUAGAUAGUCUAUAAGAUACAUUAUAGAUGCCCUCUUCCUUAUCCUCAACUACAGGCUGGCUACAGCUCUGUUAGCUAGUGUUCACACACCGUCAGCUCAUACACUCCAACCUGUAUCCCUCUCACCUACAGUAUACUGGACCAUGGGUCACUUUUGUAGAAUGCUGAUUGAAAAUGUCAACUGCAAGAAAAAAAAUAAAGUUUUUCGAACUAAA